AUGCCACAAUAUGGAGGAGGCGGUGACAAAUGCCCACGUUGUCAAAAGACUGUAUAUCCAGCAGAAAAACUUUCUGCAUGUAGUGGUUCAUGGCAUAAGGGUUGCUUUAAAUGUAAAACAUGUAAUACAGUUUUAACAUUAGCUUCCUACAAAGACUUUUCUCAAGAAGUCUUUUGCAAGAGCUGUUACCAAGAUAAACUUCAUCCUCAUGAACGUAAUCGUAAACAAUUAGAAAAUAAAUUUAAUAAACAACCUGGUGGUGGUGCUAAUCCAUUGACAGCCAGCGCAGCAGCAGCAGCAGCAGCACCUGAGGCAGCUGCCGAUGAAGAAUAA